GGGGAGAGAGCUCGCAAUUUCAGAAACCUCGCUCUUCGGACUACCAGAGACAAGCUUUUCAGAUACUUUCCCCUGCUACCUUCAUGGCGAUGCGAAACGCCUGCAUUUCAUGCCGUUUCAGGAAACGCAAAUGUGACCGGGCCUUUCCAACAUGUGGUCGAUGCGAAGCAAAUUUCACCGAGUGCAUUUACAUUCCACAGAAGCAUUGCCGGGCCGUGCAGCUGGCAGCGCAAGCUCCAGACAUAGGAUACACUGGCAUUUCCCUCUGGCCGCUGUUCGAGCCAUACCCCAUCCCUCGGCGGUGGUACAUGCCACGCCUACUCCAAAACUUCAUUGACGGGCUAGGCGUCUCGCAAGUGCCGGUCCACCCUGGAAGCAUGGCAUGGAGCUUACAAACCGUGUGGAUGCAGCACGCGCUCAGCGACCCGUGCCUGUUCCACGCUACCCUCUUCCUGGGGUCUAGUUACUCUGAUAUGCUGCGCGGAGAGAGAGCAAGCUCUUCUAUAACCCUGUUUCAUCAGAGUGAAGUGCUUAGGUUGGUUGGCGAACGGCUAGGCCACCCUGUUCUCGGGAUAGAUGACUGUACAAUUGCAGCAAUCACGCCCCUUGCGUCUUCUGCAGGGUUUAGAGGAGACCGAGAUGCAGCACGUAUCCACCAAGCAGGAAUGCGGAGGAUGGUGGAAUUGCGUGGUGGACACGACAAGUUAGGUAUGGGGGGCUUAGUCGCCGCCUUGUUACAUAUGAAUAGCCUUGUAUGCAGGAUCGCGUUCAAUCAGGAUGAUUAUCCGUCGUCCGGUGGGAAACUCACUUUGCCGCCGUCGGCGCUAGAGAUUCGAAUUCUAAACUCCCUCGAGGAUUCGCCGGGGCACAAUAUCCCCGUCCAGUCAAUCAGGAGGAUUAUUCAGGUUGCGUUCAACGCCAAGUUGCAGGCUAAUAGCCAAGUCUCGCCGGCUCUGGACCGCGAUAACAUAUCCAUCCCCGAGGACCCCAUAAAUCAGUGCUGCUACCUAGCCAUGACGAUUCUCCUCUCCAUCAUCCAACAACCCCUUCAUCCCUCGAAGUCUCUGAACUGCCUCGUCCAUGAUCUGAAAUCCUACCUCACCCUAACAGAUACUCAGACGUGGCUCCGAUAUCUCCCAGAGGUAUACAGCUGGGUGUGCAUGAUUGGAGCAGCGACGACAGACAAGCUGGAGCAGCGAAUAUGGUUCUACUUUAGGCAGGCCUCUGCACUAAGGUUGGCCAGCCUGCAGAAUGGAUAUUUCAUGGAUGAGCUCUGGGCGCACUUUGAGUGGCUGAGGGAGCGGAGGUCAUCACGAGCCGGUGCCGGGGUCGAUGAUCAGGGUUGGCCCUGA